AUGAUGCUGCGUGGAGGGAGUCGCCUUGCUGCUGGGCUCCUGAGAGCCUCCUAUAGCUAUACACAGCUAAGCAGGCCAGUGUGCCUGUCUGCGUCUCCUCAGUCUAGCCUGGCAGAUGACAGACUCCAUAUCACAGUGCAGGGGCUCAGCCCUAGACAGCGGGUGACCCUGAGAGCUAUGGUAGUGGAUGAGCAGGGAUGCCUGUUUGACUCCUGUGCCCACUAUGAGGCUGACAACUCUGGCACUGUGGAUCUGCAAAGGGACGCCUCCCUCGGAGGGGACUACACAGGGGUGCUGCCUAUGGGGCUGCUCUGGAGCCUGUCCCCCUCCGUCAUGGAGAAGCCCUUCCAGAGACUGGAGAAGAGAAGUGUCAUGAAAUCCCCUAUGAUCAUGGAGCUGUUGGUGCACAAAGGCCACACCAAUCCCAAAGCUUUACCUGGGCAGGUGGCGGCUAGGACCAAAAUCGAGAGACUAUUCUAUGCCCCGGGAGUGCGACAAAUCAGACUGAGAGAAGGGGCAGUUCGGGGCAGCCUGUUUUUACCUCCAGGGGAGGGAUCAUUUCCUGGAGUGAUUGACAUGUUUGGAGAUGAAGGCGGUUUGGUAGAAUAUCGUUCCAGUCUCCUAGCUAGUCAUGGAUUUGCGGCUUUGGCCCUCCCAUAUCUGGCUUUUGAAGACCUUCCACCAGCAAUGACUGAAUUUCACCUAGAGUACUUUGAAGAAGCUGCCAAAUUUCUAUCCCAGCAUCCUAAGGUACGUGGUCCUGGGGUCGGUGUAGUCGGAACUGGCAAAGGAGCAGAUCUUGCGCUUUCUAUGAUUACAUUCCUGCCUCAAGUGGUCGCAGCAGUAAGCAUCUCCGGCUGUUGUGCCAAUACUGCUGCCAGCUUGUCUUACAAGCAUUUCACCAUCCCAGGCUUGGCAUACAACAUGAGUCGGGUGCAAGUGUCUGAAACAGCAGUGUUUGAUGUGUCUGAAGCUCUGGAUGAUCCUCUCGAUCCCGCUAACAGUCAGUGCCUCAUCCCAAUAGAGAAAGCUAAUGGCACAUUUAUGUUCGUUGUUGGUGAAAAUGACUUGAACUGGAAAAGUUCUGUGUAUGCUCAGGCAGCAAUAGAUCGCCUUCAACAACACAGCAAAAAUAACUUCACCCUGCUAACAUAUCCAGGAGCUGGCCAUAGAAUUGACCCCCCAUGCUCUCCAUUCGCCCUGGCAGCAGUUGAUCGGGUCUUGGGUGUUCCUAUUCUAGGAGGCGGGAAACUUAAAGCUCACUGCCAGGCUCAGGAAGAUUCCUGGCAAAAGAUACAAGACUUUUUUCACUUUCACCUAAGAUGA